CUAUUGCUGUAUUCUAAUUUAUUAUUUUAUUUCAUAUUUGAAAAAAAAAAUGAAUUUGGUUUCCAUAUAUAUAAGGAAUUGGCGGGUAACGCGCAUUUUAUCCAAUGUUCAGUAAAUGCACGGCUUCCAUCGUAGAAGGACGAUUUGAAACUGAAAUUAUACUACAAGCAGCAGAAUAAUGAAUGCCGAAUUGCCGUAUUCUGUUGAGUACGCGAAAAGUGCACGAGCUUCUUGUCAAAAUUGUAAAAGUUCUAUUGAAAAGGGUGUUUUAAGACUUGCAGUAAUAGUACAGAGUCCUGUUCAUGACGGGCUAAUACCAAAAUGGUAUCAUCCAGAUUGUUUCUUCUUGAAACAAAGGCCCAAAGAUACUGCAGAUUUUGCUAAUUUUGAUAAUAUUCGAUGGGAAGAUCAGAAGAUAAUUGAAAAGAAAAUUGAAGAAGCAAGUACCAUUCCAUUACCUGUAAGUGGAAAAGGUAAAAAACGUGGUUCUGCUGCUGCAAAAAAUUUAGGUCCACUAAAGGAUUUUCUUGUUCAGUAUGCAAAAUCUAAUAAAUCAACUUGUAAAGCAUGCGAAGAAAGGAUAGUACAAGGAGAGAUAAGAGUAUCAAAAAAAGAUUUUGAAAGUGAACAGGGCAGAAGGUAUGGUGGCAUUGAUAGAUGGUACCACCUUGAAUGCUUUGCAAAAGUAAGGGAGAGUUUAGAGUUCUUUGAAAAUGGCAUUAUAUUACCUGGCAUAAAAGAUCUGUCCAAAGAUGAUAAAAAAAAAGUUGAAGCUGCUUUGCCAAAAAUUAAUGCAGGUGAUGCUCCACCAAUCAAAAAAGUUAAAAAAGAAGAAGAAGAUCCAGAAGAAGCGGAAGAAAUGAAGAAACAGAAUGAUGAGCUAUUUAAAAUCAAAGAUCUCUUAACUCCUAUAAGAAAAGCUGAUCUUAUUACCAUGCUUGAAGAAAAUGAACAACAAAUUCCAGAAGGUGUAUCAGCUAUAAUAGAUCGUUUGGCGGAUGCAAUUUAUUUUGGUGCUUUAAAGCCAUGUUCAAAAUGUAGUGGACAAUUUGCAUAUUCUUCCGGAUUUGGAUAUAAAUGUACCGGAGAUUUAACGGAAUGGACUAAAUGCGAAAACGUAACGCUAGAUCCUAAACGGAAAAAAUUUGUUAUUUCGUCAAAUAUGAAGAUUACGUACCCGAAUCUCAAAGACUUAAAAUGUAAAGUUAGAAAACGGCUCAUAAAGAUAAUCGCACCGUCAACAUCGUCUUCCAUAAAAGAAGAAGACAAGGUUGAUUCUGGACCUAAAAUUGAGGCGAAACCGAAACCAUUAAAACAUAUGCAAUUUGUCAUCAUAGGAAAAACAGAAAGAGAUAAAGACAGUUUGAAGAAAAGUAUUCUGCUUUUAGGAGGAGAUGUAACUACAAAACUUAGCGAACACGUAGCUGCUGUUAUAUCCAAUCAAAAUGAAAUAGAAAAAAUGAACAAGAGAAUGGAAGAAGCCAAAAAUCUAAAUAUUCAAGUUAUUACUGAAGAUUUUAUCGACGAAGCCAAAGAUUACACAAAACCUGCUAUUGUACUUAUUAAAAAGAAGACUAUUUCAAGUUGGGGCGGUGACUUAUCCGAGAGGAUUAACGUUGUAGCAGAAAAGUCUUCUGCUUCAAAGAGCAAAGGUAAAAGUGUAUUUGAAAAAUCAGGGUCUGGUAAAGUAAAGUUGCAAUUAAAAGAGGGUGGGACAGUGGAUCCAGACAGUGGUUUACAAGACUGUGCACACGUGUACAAAAGGGGUAAAGAGAAGUUUACUAUUACAUUAGUACAUACAGACAUACAAACAAAAAGGAACAGCUAUUAUAAGCUACAGAUUUUGAAACACGAUAAACAGAAUAAAUACUGGUUAUUCAGAAAUUGGGGUCGGAUAGGAACAACUAUUGGUGGAACCAAAUUAGAGAACUUAUCAUUGGAAGAAUGUAUAGAGCAGUUUGAAAGUUUAUACGAAGAAAGAACUGGAAAUGUCUGGAGCCAAAGAGAACAUUUUGUCAAAGUGCCUCAUAAAAUGUAUCCUGUUGAUGUCGAUCAUGGAGAGGAUGUCACAACGCAACUACUAGAUUCUAAUAUUAAGAGCGACUUAGAAAAACCAGUCCAAGAUUUAAUAAAAUUAAUUUUCGAUGAAGCAAAUAUGAGGAAAGUAAUGGCCGAGUUUGAAAUUGACAUGGAUAAAAUGCCGUUGGGAAAAUUAUCCAAAAAACAAAUUCAAAAAGCAUAUUCGAUACUAACAGAUCUUCAGGAACUAUUAAAGAAUAAAAAUGUGGAGACCGUUAAACUAGUUGAUGCAUCGAAUAGAUUUUAUAAUUUAAUACCUCAUAAUUUUGGUGUAUCAGGACCUAAAGUUUUAGACUCGUCUGAAGAAAUUCAUACGAAGUGUGAGAUGUUAGAUGCAUUGCUCGAAAUGGAAAUCGCCUAUUCUCUCUUGCAUACCAAAACGGAUGAUACAAAGAAUCCACUCGAUGCUCAUUACGAACAAUUAAAUACAGACAUUAAAGUAUUAGACAAAGAAAGCGAAGAGUACAAAGUUAUUCAGCAAUAUGUUAAGAAUACUCAUGCCCAAACUCAUACACAAUACGAACUUGUAAUCGAAGACGUAUAUGUUGUUAAAAGACAAGGAGAAGAUAGUAGAUAUAAGCCAUUCAGAAAAUUAAGUAACAAAAAAUUGCUAUGGCACGGUUCUAGAACAACUAAUUUUGCCGGUAUUCUUUCUCAGGGAUUAAGAAUAGCUCCACCAGAAGCUCCUGUUACCGGAUACAUGUUCGGUAAAGGUAUAUACUUCGCAGAUAUGGUUUCCAAGUCCGCGAAUUAUUGUUGUACAAACAGUGAAAAUCCUACGGGAUUAUUGUUACUUUGCGAAGUGGCAUUGGGUAAUAUAUAUGACAGAUAUCAAGCAGAUUUUAUUACAAAAUUGCCGCAAGGAAAACAUUCAACGAUGGGUCAUGGCCAGACACAACCCGAUCCCCAAUGCGUUCAUAAAAUGAAAGACGGUGUUGAAGUUCCAUAUGGUCCACCUGUACCUGCUAAACUUCCUAAAAAAUCAAGUUUGUUGUACAAUGAAUACAUUGUAUAUGAUGUUGCUCAGGUGAAAGCACGGUACUUGGUGAAAAUGCAUUUUAAGUAUAAAAUGUAAUAUUAUGAUACUUGCUAAAAGUUACGAUAUUACAAGUUUAUAUAUCAUACUCAAUAUAACUUAUCAUUAUGUGAUAUUAUAACUUCAAAUUGGUGAUUCUACCUCUUAUUAUACGUUCUAUGUACCAUUAGUGAUAGAGUUGUUUUUCAUAAAUAUUAUACAUGCAGUUCUUUUUUUUAUACGAAUAAAAAAUAAAUUUAUAACAUUG